AUGUCGGAAGUUUUGUCCAGAAAUCCAGCUCCGCGUGGGCGCGGGUCAGCUCGAGGUGGUCGAGGUGGUUAUAGUUCCAGAGGUGGUCGAGGUGGUCCUCGAUCUGGCAGACUAGACGCAGACAGCGCCUCAACACCCACAACUUUUGAAGAGGAAGGAGAGAUCGGUCAAUUGAAGAAGAAAUACGCAGAUGCUUUGCCGACUCUGAAAGAGCUCUUUCCUGACUGGACGGACGAAGACUUAGUUUUCGCUCUUGAAGAUGCAAACGGUGUUCUCGAGAGUGCGAUCGAGCACAUUAGUGAAGGCAACGCUUCUCAAUGGGGUGAGGUUAAGAAGAAGACCGCCGAUAAGUCUCGUUCGAAGCCAAAGGAUGCCCCAAAGACCCAAGUCCCCCCGUCGAAUCAGGGUCGUGGUGGUCGCGCUCGUGGUGACCGCAGUCGUGGAGGUCGAGGUGGCCGAGCUGGUGCUCAUGGGAAUGGCGUUCGUGAAAAGCCAGCUGUUGCUGCCGAGACAGUCGAGCCCGCUGCUACGUCGACGGUGACACCAACUAUAGACGGAUUACCUAAAGCUGUCGGCGCGGGAAAAGUAACUGAAGUCAUUGAUACUACUAAGGAGGCUCCCAAGCUACCUGAACCUGCAAAAAAGGGUUGGGCUAGUUUGUUUGCCAAACCUGCACCGCCGCCACCACAAAAGAAACCUCCACCUGCAGCACCAGCUCCAGUUGCCUCAACCAGCACUACAAUCGAACCUAGACCCACCACUGUUCCAAGCGAAAUUCCUGCUGUGGCCGCUCCCGAAAUCCCUCAAGAGAAAGAGGCACCCGUUCCUCUGAAUGUGUCUGCGUCCGAGCUGCCAUCUAACGUAUCACUCGAAGCACCUAAAGAUGAUCUAACUAAAACAAACCUCGCGCAAGUUCCCGACGUAUCUGUACCUCCCGCUACCGCGACAGCAGCUAGCACCGUUGCUAGUGUCCAGGAUCCUUCUUCUCUACCUCCCGUUACGCCCCAGAAUCGUGCCAAUGUAUCCGGAUAUGCAGCCUCCGCUUUGAAAGCAACUGCGGCCCAAGGUCGUUCUGCUAGCUUUCAACGCCGUGUCCUUGAACAGCAGGAAGCCGUCGUCAUGCCAGCUAACCAUGCUGUUGAUCGCGCCGCUGUCCAGUUUGGUAGCAUGGGUUUGAAUGGAAAUGAUGCAGUGGAUAUUGAUGAGCAACGAGAGGAUGCUGAGACCCGAACUCAGCCCCCACAACACUCCCCUGUCGCUCCUCGUGCUUCGCUCCCUCCGCCUACACAAGCUCAUCCAUCGGCCGAAACUCCCACCGUUGCUCGCCCUGCACCGGGAUUGCCUCCUGUUCCUCAAGCCACGUCAACUGACGCUGCCGCUUUCAACGACUUUAGUCGUUACGGCGAAGCGCAGAAGCCUUUCGACCCGUUCACCCAUCAGACAACGCAAGCUCAAGAGCCCUUCUCUCAUCAGGCUCCUGUCCAAGCUGCGGUGACCUCUGGCAGCGACUACUCUCCAUUCUACGCCGCCGAUCAACAACGCCUUCCUUACAACUACUACGGCUACCCCUCGCAGGAUUCUACCACUCAGCGUGGAGCAGCUGGCUUUGGUGUCUCUGGAGCUGAAGGACAGCCUCAGGUCCCAGCAACCCAGGCUCCAAGUCGCUAUGGUCAGGCUGAAGCACCUGGCAGCGGCCAGAAUACUCCUAACCCUACUCUUCCUGCUGCCACUCAGUCCCAGCAACCAUCUGCCCAGCAUAUUCCAGGUGGCCAAGGUGCCCAUGCUGGCUAUGGUUACGGAUACCCCUACUAUUCAAACCCUCAUUAUGCUCAGUCUUACAUGAACAUGACUCAGCAUCAAUACGGCCGCAAUCGCCCCAUGUAUGAUGACGCUCGUCGCUAUGAUGAUCAUUACAUGCCUCACAAUAACCAGUACGGCUACGGUAACCAAUACGCUCCCUAUGCUAAAGGUGGUAUGUACGGCCAGCCUUUCUCUUACGACCACUCCUCAUCUCCUGCCAACGUUGGAGGCUUCAAUCAAGGUUUGCCUGGUCGUGACUCGGUAUAUGGACGAUCUGGAUCUGCGCAGCCUGAAAACCAGCAGUCGGCAGCCGCUGGCAACACCUUUGGAUCCGCCGUCCCUGACGUUUUCGGCCGGUCUCAGUCUGGAUUUAGUCAGAACCAGCAAAUAUCCCAGCAACCUGUUAGCUCUGAAGAGACUAGCAAAGGUUUCGAGGCUUCGAAGACUGGAGGACCUAGCCCGUCGCUGGGUCAGGUUAAUAGACCUGGCUCGGCUACCAAUAGUCUUCCCGGCCAGCCUCAGUCUCAAACUGGUCUCCCUCCCCUUCAAGGCCAACAGGGUCAACAGGGCUUCAGUGGUUAUCCUCAGCUGAACCAACAGUAUGGCGGUGGUCUCGGCGGGUUGAGUGGCCACCAAGCUGGAGUUUCCCAAAACCACCACCAAGGAAGUGCGUACGGCAACUACGGAGCUGGGGGAUUUGGGAACUACUAUGCAAAUUCAGGACGUGGCGGAUGGGGUGGUAACUACGGACAUUAA